AUGUCGAGCACGGGCGGGGCGGCGCCCUCGGCGCACCGCGUGUCGCGCUCGAUCCCCUUCACGCCCGGGCGCACAGCGUCGAGUCAUGGUGCUGCGAUGAGCGCAAAGCAGUACGACCGCUACUUGCGCCGGCUUUCGGCUGUGCAGCACUCGACCCGGCGGGCCAUGCGCACCCUCGACGACUCGGUGCAAGAAGAGGAGCUCGAGGCCGGCGAGGAGGCCACGCCUACCGCACACGUGCCACCCGAGCGCACACGCGCGCUCCCGCCUCAGAUCCGCCAGCUUGAACGGGGCGGCGGCGCGCCGGCGGCGGCGGCGGCGCCCGCGCCAGAGUCGUACCUGCAAGAGCCGUCGUUUGUGUUGAACCCCCUGAGCGGGCGCCUACCGUCGAUGACGCCCCGGAAACUUGCGCGGCCGCGCGCCUAUGAUGUGGACGACCCGAAUGCGUCGACAGAGGGACUGUCAGCCGCCGAGCGGCUCAUCACGCUCGACACGCUGGACGCGACGCUCCAGGACGUGCUGCUCGUGGAGGACCUGCUGUAUAUCCUGAUCGGCAUCGAGGGGAACUAUGUCCAGUUUGCGCCUGACUACCGCCCCGACGACCUCGGCCACCGCCUCAAUGGCGCACGCUACGUGAUUGAUGCGGCCCUCGAUGCAUCGCUGCGCGAGCUUGUGGAGCGGAUCCUGCCGCUGGCCAGCUACUACACGUCCAUCUAUGCGUUUGUCGAGUGCGAGUCCGGCCUGGAGUACGGCACCGUGAUGCAUGCGCUGUGUGCGGCGAUCCGCACGCAGCUGUGCCAGUACGAGGACCUCGUGGCGCAGAUGGAGCAGCGGAUGCUCAGCUCGCCGGACUUUACGCUGCAGCAGCUCUGGCGGGCCAUGCACCCCAUGCUGCGCACGUUUGGCCUCGUGCAUGCACUGACCUCGGACAUUGCAAGCAUCACGCAUGCGGAUGUCCUGCCGCGCCUGGAAGACGAGAACUUGUCCGAAGGGUCAGAUACGAGCUUUGACAGUGAUGCGUCGCAGCUGGAGCGCGACCGCCGGGCGCUCCUGGGCCUCGACGAAUUCCAGACGGAGGACAUUGCCGGCGGUAUCGUCAAGGGCGGCGAAGUCCUGUCCAUGCUGUGGGACCGCUUGACCCAGCUGGGCGGCGAUCCCGUGGCGCAUGCCCUGUACUUGCAGCUGUUCCGCGAGGCAUCGCAGCCGUAUGCCCGCACCCUGCUGCGGUGGAUCACCUCUGGCGUGCUGCUCGAUCCGUACGAGGAGUUUAUGGUCGUCGAAGACGCCCGAGUGACGCGGGCCUCGCUCGAGUCGGACCCGACGGACGAGUACUGGGAGCGGCGAUAUAUGCUGCGCGAUGAGCGGUACCUGGCCCAGCGUGAGCAGCUGGCACGCGAGGGCGAUAUGCUGCCCGCCGACGAUGUCGACGAGGCGCGUGGCGAGCUGACAGGCGGCGCGAAGAUCCCCGCAUUCCUGCAGCCGUGGAAGCACAAGAUCUUGCUCGCUGGUAAGUACCUGAAUGCGAUCCGCGAGUGUGGGAUCGACGUGUCCAAUGGGCAGUCGGAGCGCGUCCAGACCCUGUUUGGCCUGCAGGACGCGCAUGUGGAAGCCUAUCUCGCGCUCGACGCGAAGCAGGAGCGGGUCGUGAUGGACGACGAGGCCUUUGCUACGUGCAUUGAGCGCGCGUACCAGCGCGCGAACGCGGCGUUGCUGUGCCUGCUUAAGGACGACAAGGACAUCAUUGCGCGGCUGUGCUCGCUGAAGCACUACUUUUUCUUCGCGCAGUCCGACUUUCUCCAGACGUUUAUGGACCAGUCCGGCCACGAGCUCCGCAAGAUGGUCGACCCCUUCCGCGUCCGCGAGACAACCCUGCUCCGCCUGCAGACCCAGCUGGACAUGGCGCUUGGCAGCUCCGACAGCGUAGGCUUCCUCGACCCGUACCGCGAAGAUCUGCGCGUGGAUUUGGCGAAAGAGCGCGCGUACGACCAGCUGCAGCGCAUCGCCGAUACCAAGGGCGUCGUGGAAGUCGCUAAGCUACGCGCUAAGCAGCAAGCGGAGCGCCAGCAGCACGGGACGCGCGAGGUCGUCAUGUACCUGCUGCAGUUUGACGUGCAGGUGCAGUUUCCCGUGUCACUGGUCAUUUCCAAGAAGAAUAUCCUGCGGUGGCAGUUCAUCCACCGCUGCCUCCUCUUGUUCAAGCAGCUGGAGCGCGCGCUCACAGAGGUCUGGGUCGAGCAGACGAUGCCGGCGUGGCGGCGCAAGGACCGGCGUGCGCACGCGGCGCCGAUGGAGGCGUGGAAGAUGCGCAUCCAUCUCCUUCGCCAACGCAUGCUGCUUCUGGUGCAGCAGCUGCUGGCGUUCUAUACCAGCGAGAUCAUCGAGCCCCACUGGCACGCACUGGAGCGCCAACUGCAUGCCGCACGCUCGGUCGACCAGUUUAUGAAGCACCAUUUCGACUUCCUCAACACCUGCCGCAAAGAGUGUAUGCUGACAGACUAUCGUUACCUCGAGUGCCACCGCAAGCUUAUGAAUACAAUUACGGCAUUUACAGAAAGUCGCACGCGCUUUACGGAGCAGUACGAGGCCAUGCAGCGGGCGGUGGACGACUGGCACAGGCUCGCCGACGACACAGCACCACCGCCCGUGCUCCUCGACGACCGAGAUAUUCUAUCGAAAAUCGAGGCGAGUUGGAACAAGCACUCACGUACCUUCCGCGACGUCGUCAACUUCUUGUCCACCACCGACAAUCCCGCGGCCCUGCCGCUGGCGUAUCGGCUGCAGACGCUGCUUCCAUAG